AUGGCCGUCGCCACUGAUACAGAAAAGUACGUUUACUCAUUCGGACCCAAGGGAACCGACGGCGACGCAACCAUGCGAAACCUGCUCGGUGGAAAAGGCGCGAACCUGGCUGAAAUGACCCGCAUUGGGCUGCCCGUGCCCGCCGGGUUCACAAUUCCCACCUCGGUCUGCACGUACUACUACGAUCACGAUCGCCAAUAUCCUUCGACGCUCCGCGGCCUGGUCGACGAGGCCAUCGCCAAGAUGGAAGAAGCCAUGGGCGCCAAGUUCGGCGACCCCAACGAGCCCCUGCUCGUGUCUUGCCGCUCGGGUGCUCGCGAGUCGAUGCCCGGCAUGAUGGACACCGUCCUCAACAUUGGUCUUAACGACACCACGGUUGAAGGGUUGGCCAAACAGUCGGGCAACGAUCGCUUCGCCUGGGACAGCUACCGCCGCUUUGUGCAGAUGUACGGCGACGUGGUGCUCGACAUGAAGCCCAAGACCAAGGAAGACGAAGACCCCUUCGAGCACCUGUUGACAGAAAAGAAGAAGGCCGCCGGUGUGAAGUUCGAUCACGAACUCACCGCCGAUCAACUUCGUGAACUGGUUGCCGAGUUCAAGCAAGCCAUCAAAGACAAUACCGGCAAAGACUUCCCGGAAGACCCCAUGGAGCAAGUUUGGGGUGCCAUUGGGGCCGUGUUUGGUAGCUGGAUGAACGACCGGGCGAUUGUGUAUCGCCGCACCUACGGCAUUCCUCACGACUGGGGCACAGCCGUCAACGUGCAGGCCAUGGUGUUUGGAAACCUCGGCGAUGAUUGUGCCACGGGUGUGGCGAUGACUCGCGACGUGGCUCUGGGAACCCCGGGCCUUAACGGCGACUACCUCAUCAACGCUCAAGGUGAAGAUGUGGUGGCCGGCAUCCGCACGCCCAAGGCCAUCGAAGAAACGCUCGCCAAAGAUAUGCCCGAGCCGUACAAGCAGCUCGAGCAAAUCGGGCAUCAACUCGAGAAGCACUACAAAGAAGUGCAGGAUGUCGAGUUCACGAUCCAGAAAGGCACAGUUUGGAUGUUGCAGACCCGCAACGCCAAGCGAACCGGGUUCGCCGCCGUGCGAAUCGCCGUCGACUUGGUGAACGAAGGUCUGAUCAAGCCCGAAGAAGCCUUGUCGAAGAAGCGGAUUCCGGCCGACGACCUGAACCAACUGUUACAGCCCCUGUUCGACCCGAAGGCCAAGGAUGAUGCUAAGAAGAACGGCCAGCUUCUGGCCAAGGGCGUCAACGCCGGCCCGGGUGCGGCCACCGGACAGAUCUGUCUGCACGCCUCCGAUGCAGAAGAGCUUUACAACAAGAACCCCAAUGUGCAGUUGAUCUUGGUUCGUCGAGAAACCAGCCCCGAAGAUUUGCGGGGAAUGAAGGCCGCUAAGGGAAUCCUCACCGCCUUCGGUGGGGCAAGCUCGCACGCCGCCCUGGUUAGCCGGCAGAUGGGAAAAGCCUGUGUGGUUGGCUGCGGCGACCUGGAUAUUAACUACAAGGCCGGAACUGUCGCCGUGGGCGAUCGCGUCCUCAAGGCCGGGGAUUUCAUCUCCAUCGAUGGUUUCACAGGCGAAGUGUUCGUCGACCGCGUGGAAACCCGUCCUAGUGAGAUUGUCCAGGUACUGAUCGACAAGACCAUGAAGCCCGAGGAAUCGGAAGUCUUCGGUCGCUUCGAUCAACUGAUGUCGUGGGUCGACAAGAAUCGAAAACUCCUGGUGCGAACGAAUGCCGAUGAGCCCAAGCAAGCCUUGGAAGCCAUCGCCUUUGGUGCCGAGGGCAUCGGGCUCUGCCGCACCGAGCAUAUGUUCUUCAACCACAUUGACGACUUCCGCAAAAUGAUCCUUGCCGAAGACGUCGAAACCCGUGAGGCCGCCCUCGACCUGCUGCUGCCCUAUCAGCGAGAAGAUUUCGAAGGACUCUUCCGUGCCAUGGCCGGCAAGCCGGUAACCAUCCGUUUGCUCGAUCCGCCGCUGCACGAGUUCGUGCCUCACGAAGAGAAGGACCAGGAGGCUCUUGCCAAAAAGAUUGGCACCACCGCCGAAGCCGUUGCCCGUCGAGUGGAAGAACUUCAAGAGUUCAACCCCAUGUUGGGGCACCGUGGUUGCCGCUUGGGAAUCACCUACCCUGAGAUCACCCGGAUGCAAGCCCGCGCCAUCUUCGAGGCUGCCUGCAAAGUGCAAGGUGAAGGCAUCGAGGUGUAUCCCGAGGUGAUGGUCCCGCUGGCUGGAUUCGCCACCGAAUUCCAGAACCAAGAGAAGAUCAUCCGCGAGACCGCGGCCAAGGUCUUCGAAGAGACCAAGACCGAGGUGAAGUACAUGGUCGGCACCAUGGUCGAAUUGCCGCGGGCGGCGAUCACUGCCGAUCAAAUUGCCAAGCACGCUGAAUUCUUCAGCUUCGGCACGAACGACCUGACGCAAACCACGCUAGGUAUAAGCCGGGACGACUACGCCGGGUUCAUCACGCACUACCGCGAAACCGAUAUCGUGCCGAACGAUCCGUUCCAAACCAUCGAUAUCGAUGGCGUUGGUCAGCUGAUGAAGAUUGGCGUUGAGAAGGGACGUUCAACGCGACUCGAACUAAAGCUCGGCAUCUGCGGUGAACACGGGGGCGAUCCGGCAAGCGUCGAGUUCUGCCACAAGCUUGGGCUGAACUACGUUAGGUUAACCUGCGGCUCGACGCAACGUUUGCUGCUCUUCCACAAUCGGCGUUUCGCUGCGCAUCUUAAUCGUAGCGCGGCGAGGCAUGCGCCGUUCGCGAGUGAAACCCCGUUGUCCGCCACCUUCGAAGAAUUCGAGGAAAGCGGCCGCGGGGCCCUCGGCGAAGCUCUGUCCAAGCUCACCGAGAAUCUCCUCGAAACGCAUGCCACUUCGGAAGAUGACUCGGUAGGCCUCUUUCAAUUGCAUGAUCUCUUCAUUGCUGAACCCAGCCCGUCGAAGCCCGACGAUGUUCAGACCAACCACCGAGCUGCUGGCUCCGUCGACCGUGACAUAGGGAGGCACGUCUUGCACGAUGUGCGCUUGACCGCCAACCAUGGCCAACCGCCCCACGCGACAAUACUGGUGCGUGCCGGCAGCUCCGGAGAGAUACGCACGGUCUUCGAUGAUCCCGUGGCCCGCGAGCAUGACAUUGUUGGCCACAAUGGUGUUGUUGCCGAUGUGGCAGUCGUGCGCCACGUGAGCAUUGAUCAUCAUCAGGUUAUCGUUGCCGAUCGUAGUCGCAUGCCCCUCGUGCAAGGCACGAUGCACGGUGAGAUUCUCGCGAAAGGUGUUUCCCGAGCCUACUACCAACCGACCAACUCGUUCGGGGCAGCGAAGAUGCUGCGGCAUGCCACCCAGCACGGCUCCCUCGUAAAUGUGAUUCUUGGGGCCCAUCACGGUGCCCGACUUUACGAUCGCACGACUCUCCAGGCGACAGCCGUCACCGAGAGUGACUUCACUUUCAACCACUGCAAAAGGUCCGACGAAGACAUCCUGACCAAGUUUUGCGUCGGGGCUGACAACAGCCGUGGGAUGAAUAUGCACGUGUGCGGAACCUUUCAGAAGAUGCGGAUGGGAUUGCAGCGACUGCCGCCACCGGCCCGAGGCCGAUCGCGCGGUCACCAAUCAGGGAGGGAGGAUGAUCGCCGGGUCACUCGCGAGCUGGGUCGCUCGGGAGCUUUGGGUCAUUGGCGACCGUUGGUAUGUAUCGGCUCUGCCGUUGCUACUAGUUCAAUCGGACGAACCGGUUUUAGGGAUGAUUCAAGGAAACUUCUCAUCAUGCAAGCUGCUUGCAUUUCCCGGCGGCGAACCGAGCAAAUCGCCGGAUCACCAAAAGGCAGGCGAACUUACAGCAAUUGCCUGCCCCCCUCCGCGCAGUGCCGGCUAAGCUGGUAG